UCGUGCCGCAACGACGAAAAGAAUGGAUUCUCCUUCUAACCCUGCGUCAUACUUCCAUGAACUUGGUUGACGCAAGUGCUUUACGCGGUAGAUGGUUCUCUUACGCAUUCUUCUCUCCCAAUCAGGAUUGCAUGAAACAGCUGUCAAAGUUUGCGACUGAGGGAAAGAUAAAGCCAAUUAUCGAACGAGUACAACCUUUCGAAGAACUACCAUCAGCAUAUGAGCACGUAUCCCAGCUGCAUGGUCGAGGGAAGACAGUAUUGAAGUGGUAGAU